AUUUGCAAAGAUGUGUUCUGUUCGUUAUAGGACGACAAAGUCAAAGUGAAAUAGUGAAAGCUUUUUGUCGUUAAAAAGAGCCGAAGUAGACGAAGGAGGUAUCUUUUGUUCUAUCUUAAUAUUAAAAACAGUUUUUAAAUUAUUAUUUUACAUUUUGGUUGUUAAGUGUUAUGGUCAAUACUCGUCGUAAGGAGUCGAAUGGCUCUCCAGAAGGCCCGAAACAUCGGACUAGGGGUAGCCUUCGGCUUAUUAAUCCGAAACAAGAGAGAAGUGGUAAUUCAAGCAGUCACGAGAGCGAAAGUGAUGAAUCGGGCGGUAGAGAAUCAUCUUGCAAUGCCGAAGAAGAACCAAAAUCAUCUUUAAACCCACCGAGCAACUUACCUCCAAGACAGUUAAGGAGCAGAUUUUAUCCCCCGAGCAAAUAUAAAACCCGUCCAUUACGUAGUAGUCAUAAGAGAAUAUCCCUAGAUGAUAGAAGAACUUUAAAGUUGUUUUCGCAUACCAUGCACCGUGAUGCUGAUGUUUAUGAAAGGGGCCACGAUUCUGAAGAAGGACUAUAUGCUGUUAGGGGUAGCAGAACUAGGCAUCUAAUUCGAAUGAAUCGAAUGCAAAGACGUACAGCUCUAUCGCUUAGACCAGUAAGACAAAAGUGCUAUGCUGAUUCACUUUCACCAUCACAUUUUAACUCUGACAGUGAAGGUAGAGUAAGAAGAAGUACCAGAAAACAAGCAGAUAACAUGUCCUGGCUAGACGACAGUCAAAUGCAUAAAGUCGGUUAUCCGAACCUCCAUGCCGGAUACUCGGAGGAAGACAGUCGAUACGCCGCUGAUGCUCACAAUAAAAUCGAAAUUUCUGGUCGAAUCACAAGGCGAAACAACGAUGUAAGACUUAGACACGAAAUCAAAACGCCGAAAUAUCUUUACGAUUAUGGUGUAGAAGAUGCUUCGAAAAGACGUAAGAGGAAUAUUGAAAAGGAUGAUGAAAUAAAAGAAGAGAUGGUAGAAACCAGGAGGACGUCGAACGACAAAGAAAAUAAAAAGGGAGAAAAUGUUGAAAAUAGAUUCAUGGGAAGGUUAAGAAGAUCGAAAACUAUGAAUUAUGGCGAAGAUAAUGACACAGAGGAACCCCACGAAGAAGCUAAAAAACCCGCAAUGAAAGAAGAACCAACCGUUAAUGGAAAUAUUACGGUGGAUGAAAAACCAGCUAAUGGUAAAGCUGAACAAUCUUCGGAUAGUGAAGAGGAGGAUGAGGAGGAGGAAGAAGAAGAAGAGAGACAAACAAGCCAGAUAGAACCGCUCACUAGACUUAGAACCAGAAGUCGGCCCAAUAGAAGUAAUAAUUUAAUACUUGAAUCCAGUUAUCCUUCAAGAAGACGUCAAGUAAGGCAAGUCAGAUCUCAACCAGUGGAUGCAAUAGAUACCAGUUCAGAAUCCGAAGAAGAAGGAAGAAAAUAUUUGUUAAGAGACAGAAGACCCAAACAGGCUCCCAAAGCAAUGCAACAGUCAGUCUUGAGAACCAGGGACAUAAGAACUAGAACAAGGGACAUACGGACACGUGACAUACGAACACGUGACAUGAGACCAAGAAUGUUUAGACCCAGAAUCCGGGAAAGAUCUUCUAGCUCUAGUGAUUCGUCAUCAUCAGAUGUUCGACGAGGUAAACCACCUAAAAGUCCCCAUCAUUCUAAAACUGAACGAAUGAAAUCUGGGGCUGGAGGAUUUAACAAAAUUGUUCCAAUUAAGCCGGAAACGUUGGAUAACAACAUCAAGUUUAACAGCAUUGGCGGACUGGAUAACCAUAUACAAUGUUUAAAAGAAAUGAUACUUCUUCCCAUGAUGUAUCCAGAAGUUUUUAAGCAGUUUAGCAUUCAACCACCAAGGGGUGUACUCUUCCAUGGGCCUCCCGGAACCGGUAAAACAUUAAUCGCUAGAGCGUUAGCUAAUGAAUGUAGUUUUGGGAAAAGGAAGGUGUCGUUUUUCCUUAGAAAAGGUGCAGAUUUAUUAAGUAAAUGGAUUGGAGAGUCAGAGAAGCAAUUGCGACAGUUAUUUGAGCAGGCUGCCGAAAUGAAACCUUCCAUUAUAUUUUUUGAUGAACUUGAUGGACUGGCUCCGGUGAGAUCGUCAAGGCAAGAUCAAGUCCAUGCAAGUAUAGUAUCAACUUUAUUAGCGUUAAUGGACGGACUGGCAGAUCGAGGGGAAGUGAUAGUUAUAGGGGCAACGAACAGAAUCGAUGCUAUCGAUCCGGCCCUUCGUCGACCUGGUAGAUUUGAUAGAGAAUUACUUUUUACGCUGCCAUCUAAAACUGAAAGAGAAGAAAUACUAAAUGUUCAUACAUCUUCUUGGAAAAAUCCUCCAAGUAGACAACUUUUAGACUAUUUAUCCGAAAAUACUGUUGGUUAUUGUGGUUCAGAUUUGAGAGCUCUUUGUUCGGAGGCUGUGAUACAGAGUUUCAGACGAACGUAUCCGCAAGUUUAUAAUUCAGAACACAGGCUCAUGUUACAGCCAGAAAAUGUCAAGGUAGAAAAAGUUGAUUUUAUUCGAGCAAAAUCCUUAUUGGUUCCUGCACAACAUAGAAUUACUCAAGGAUUAGGUAGAAAACUAUUCCCAAUAUUAGAACCUCUUUUACAAGAGCCGAUAAAAAAAUGUUUGGAUUUGCUUCAACAAACGUUUCCCCAUGGCUUGAGUACUUCAUUGGCAAAAGUUAAAUUAUCUCCUAAUUUACGACCGGCACAAUUACUUAUUACUGGCGAUGGACCUGGCCAUGGUCCGACGUCGCACAUCGCUCCUGCUCUCCUGUAUAAAAUGGAACAUAUUCAUGCCUACAUGUUAAAUUUGGUAAUGCUGUACCAAGAAACGGGUAGAUCUUGUGAAGAGGCUUGUAUACAGGUAUUCAUAGAAGCGAGGAAAAAUGUACCCAGCAUAGUUUAUAUUCCCAAUAUAGAUACAUGGUGGUCACUUGUGUCUGAUACCGUACGAGCAAUAUUUAAUUCACAGUUAACAUCCUUGGAACCUAAUAUUCCUAUACUGUUUUUGGCUACAGCAGAAAAUUCAUAUGAAUUAUUACCUGAACAGGUUCAAAAGCUGUUUUCAUAUUAUCGAAGGGAAGUGAUAGAAGUCGAAGCUCCUACUGCCGACUUGAGGAGACUCUUCUAUAAACCCCUUAUAAUUGAAAGUAGUUUGAAGUCUGUAAAAAAUGCAAGGGAAUUACCAAAAACUCCUCCGCCUCUUCCUAGGGCACCAACUCCGCCACCAUUACCACUUGACGAAAAAGAAACCAAAAAAUUGUAUGAAGAAGAAGAACAUACGCUAAGAGAACUUAGAAUAUUUCUUAGGGAUAUGUGUAAAAAAUUAGCGAAUAAUAGAUUAUUUUUUAUGUUUACCAAACCGGUAGAUACCGAAGAAGUACCUGAUUAUACCAACAUUAUUAAACAGCCCAUGGAUUUAGAAACAAUGAUGACUAAAGUUGAUUUUCAUCGUUACGAAUGCGCUAAGGAUUUUUUGACCGACAUCGAAUUAAUUUGUCAAAAUGCUUUAGAAUAUAAUCCUGCCAAAUCAUCUGCAGAUAAACAAAUUAGGCAUAGAGCGUGUUCUCUUCGAGAUUAUGCAUAUACUUUAAUAAAAACUGAAAUGGAUACCGAUUUUGAGGACCGAUGUCAAGAAAUAUCACAGAAGCGACGUCAAAGAAAGCACUGUCCGUUGAAGUACCUGCCUCCUUACAUUUAUACUCCAGAAUUAAUGGAUGAAGGUGAACAAAAUCAUCCAGAAGGAAGUACACAACCAGAUUUGAAAGCUGACGGCAAAGUAGAUAUUAAUAAAAGUAAUAGAAAAAGAAAAAAGAGUAGAUGGCAAAGAGGUGAAUUAGGGAAAAAGAAGAGAAGAACGUUAGAUAAUUCGCAGAAUGGAGACAAAGAAGUAUCAUCGUACGAGUCUAAUGAUGAAACGGAAACCAAAAUAACCCAAUAUCAUCCUGCCAGAGCCAGUGAUAACGCCACUUCAGGAAUAAAAGACACUCCCACCGGAAGAACAGCUGGCGAUUCAACUGCUCCGCUCACUGUUAACUGUGAUAUCAAUAGUAGUAUGAAAGCAGACACGUCGUGUCAUUUACAAUCCCCAAAGAGAAGACUGAGUGAUAUCUUAAGCCCUUCCGAAUUAUUAGACAACCCAUUAGAUUUUGAUGAUGUAGAUGAAGCAUUGAAUGAAUCAGUAGGUUGCAGUACAUCUAAUAGCAAAUCAAUAGAAAUUUCCCAUACGGAAUUAGAAAAAACUUUAGAUAUGGCAGUGAAAAUAACAGACGGCUUAUCGUUACUUUCUCUUCUUGAUCUUUACAAUCAACUGAGCAGGGUAGUAAAAAAGUUUUCGAGGACGCCCAUAAGGACUACGUUACCAAAGGAGCUUCUACGAGAACUGGCGAGGUUCAAAAAAGAAGGACUUACAGAAUAAUUUCUUUUACUAAUGAGUACAAUUUUAUUUAUAUUUCAGUAUUUUAAUUCAUUUUAAAAUAAUUGCCAUCGUGCAUUAUUGCUUUUAGUUUUUAAUUUCAUUUCUACUAAUUAUUACUAGUCCAGAGAAAUAAGGAUUUUGUCGGGACACUUGACCAGCCAGGUUGCAAAUGGGUUUUUUUGGGUACUAUAUACCUAAUACAUUAUAAAUACAAAAAUGCCCAUCACACUUCGGACGAGAAUUUUAGUUAUUUACAAAUAAGGUUCAAAAAUGGCAGUUUUUUUCGUUUAAAUCACUACAGGUAAAAAUAGGGUAAUUAAAUAUCUUAUUUGGGGUAUUCAUCUUUUAGUAGGCGAACAAAGGUUUAAAAUGACGGUUUUUGAAAUUUGGUCCGAUUAUUUGUUGCUUCGGAAAUUAUAAAAUACUACUAAAAUUUUAUUCAAUUUAUUUAUUUAUUAUAUACCCAAAAAAUUAAUUUAUUUUUUGCAAUGUUACUGCUCAGAAAAUAAUGAUAUAGCAAUUCUGUGGAAACCACAUGAAAGAAGAAUACUUACAAUUUCAAAGUAUUUAAAGAAAUUAAUAAAAAGUCAUUGUUACCAUUCUGAAAACAUUUUACUAAAGUAGAGUUAUUUUUGGAUUAUAAAUAAUUUGAAUAACUUUGUUAAUAUUGACUGUGGACUAAAUCUACUUCGGGAUUUGGAAAGUUGGUAUUUUUACAAGAAUUAAAAAAACGUUUCUCCUAUGUUAACUACGCUACGGGUAAAGUUAACAACUUUUCUUAUUUAAUUCACAGUUACUUCUAUAUACAUAAAAUUCUCCUUAACUAGUUUUGAUGGGAAAUAAGCCACACUUUUACUAAAACAAUGAUUUUAUUAACGUUUCGACGCCCAAGUCGGGUGUCGUUGUCAAAAUACAAAAAAUAUUAAUGAAUUAAACAAAAAUGUUGUUGCUUAGUAACAAAAUUCUUCUAAUAAUUUAUUUAAUCUGACUCAUUUAUAUCGGCAAUUCAGACAUAUAUUAUACAUUUUAAAGUAGAAGACUUUUAAAAUGAUAUUGUUAAUAUUUAUGAGUUGCGUUCCUGGGACGACUUUACUGAAAGAUAGUUCAUUCGAUUACACGAAAUCAACCCCAACUCAAGAAUAUCCGUCCGACAACCACAUGCAAUGGUAACAGUAAAAUUCUCGCUCUACAGAUUCCCUAGUAAAUCAUGAGGGAAAACCAGGAAAAAACCUCGUGAUACUAUCCCAACAUCAGAAGUAUUAAGUCUUACUUUAGUUUACUCUCAAAACUAAUACCAAAUUCUGACCUUAAUAUGUAGAUAUGUUAUUUUAAAUUAUAAAUAAUAUUAAUAAUACAUAGAUAUAUAUAAAGAACAACUAAAAUAUAAAAUAUGUACUAACUCGAUAUGUUAUUGACUUACUAAUCCUGGUAUUUUCUCUCUAUUGACUUCCUCUUUUAUUGUCCACACCCUACUGCAUUCUACCGAGGAAUUUGCAACAUAAUUGGUUUCAUUUAGCAUAAUUAAAGCCGCUUCUUUGAUUUUUCUCUUUUUACUGUCUUCUUUCAGAACUAUACUUGAAUCUCUCCACUGAACUCUAUGUUCAUUAUCCCAUGCGUGUUGACAUAUUUGAGAUCUAUCAAAUUCUCUAUUUUUAAUAUAAGACUGAUGUUCACUUAUUCUAACGUUUAAUGGUCUUGAUGUUUCACCUAAAUAAACUUGUUAGCAUUCACAAAGUAUGUUAUAAAUACAAUUAUUUGUUCUUUCUUGUUCACUGUUAGGUUUAGUUUUAGAUAGAAUAGGUCUCAAUAAUUUUGGGCGCCAAAACAUUAAUAAAAAAUUGUUUUUAGUAAAAUUGUGGCUUAUUUCCCAUCAAAACUAGUUAAUUGCAAAAAUGCCACAAGGUAAUAGCUUCAGAACAACAUUAAAAUUCUCCUGUAACCGUGUUAAUUAACACACUUCUCCGAAACGGCUUGUCCAAUUUUUAUGAAAUUUUACACGUAUAUCCUGUAGGACUGAGAAUAGGUUUUAAUUUAUUUUUCAUACCCAUAAGUUAUAAAGGGGCCUCUUUGACAUUUUUGAAGUUAUACUUCUUUACGAUCGAGAGUGAAAUUUUAUAAUGCCGGGCGCAUGCGCACACAGACAGUAUGUAGUUCGUUGCUAAUCUUUCAAGACAUGUAUGUAUUAUCAGCGCUGUCAGCGCAAAUAAGUCAUUAAAAGGAUAUAUUAGUGUUUUUAGUAAAUGUAUUAAUUUAUUAUAAUUUUUGUGUCUUUGGAUUUGUCUUCCUCGGGAAUAAGAUAUUUUAUAAUAAUAGUAAGUAAAUUUAAAGUAGUUUUGUAUACUUCACUUGGUCUAUUAAAUUUGUCAGUAUGUAUGAGAAAUCUUGUAACCUGUCAAAGCAAAGGGAAUAUAGCUCAGUGAUAGAGCGUAUGACCGGAGAUCUAGAGGUCCCGGGUUUAAAUCCCGGACGAUUCAUAUUCUUUUUUUUUUUAAUUUUUGGUAUCGUUUUAAUAAAAAAAAUUUAAAAGUGGUAGGUAAGAAAGUUAGUUUAAUAUUUAAAUAAAAUACAAAUAAACUGUUAAGUAUAUUUUUAUUUCUUUUAAAUUAUAUAAUAGAAGUAUAACUUCUUACGUGUGUACAAAGUACACACACACACAUACUUUUUUUUAUUUUUUUUUGGACAAAAUUGUCCACAUUAAUUUUAUAUGAUGUAGCAUUAAAAAAUACAUACAUCUGAGCAAUAACCUUUUAAAAAAAGCUCCGUGGGAUAAACAAAUUGAAUAAAAUUUAAACUAAUUGACGAAUCAUCUUGAAAUUUUUUGUGCAUUAUAAAUGUACUGUUUGACUCAACUUUUCAUGCAAUAUCAAAGUCUUCUUAAGUUCAUUUUCGCAAAAGUUAUAUGUAGUAAGUUUUUGAUUUUCGAAAUUUUAGUCUUAUUUUGCCAUUUCCGUAGCACAAAUGAUAGGACCAAAAUUCAAAAACUGGCAUUUUAAAUAUUUGCUCAUCUACUAAAAGAUGAAUACUCCAUAUAAGAUGUUGAAUUACCCUAGUUUUACCUGUAGCGAUUUAAACGAAAAAACUGCCAUUUUUGAACCUUAUUUGUUAAUAACUAAAAUUCUCGUCCGAACUGUGACGGGAAUUUUUGUAUUUAUAAUGUAUUAGGUAUGUAGUAGGUAUCCGAAAAACUCAUUUGCAACCUGGCUAGUCAAGUAUCCCGAACAUGGUACAUUUUUGCCUUAUUUCACUGGAGUAUACACCACCAAAGAUAUUCAACAUGUUGGGUUCUCACUGCCAUAAAUUGUUUUAUCCAAUGUUCGGUUAUUUGUUUAUAUACGUGCCUUUUCCUUCAGUGUAAUGGUUACUUAUUUUCAAAUAUAAUAGUUCCCCACUUUUAUAAUGUAAUAUAAGUAUAUGAAAUUUAAAAUAAAUAAAAAUUGUGGGAUAUUUA